AGGCCCGUUUCGAAACUGUAAGAGUCCUCUCUAAGUCCCCAGUUUACAAACCAAAUCGCCAUAGAAAUGGAGGGAGAGAGCUCGAUGUCGAGCAAACUCGCAGAGGACGUCAUACAAACCCUAACCACCAGAGGCUGGUGCAUCGGCGACCUCGAUCAAGUAAAGGCCAUUGUACUGGUCCAAUCAGCCUUGUCCGACGAUGGGAAAGCUUCGACAAUUGCCGAUUCCGUCGAGUCCCAGCUCCUCGAUAUGGACCUCAGGUCCAUCGGCGGCAAGUCAUUGCCGGACGCCAAUUCGUUGCGCAAAGCUUCUCAUCUCCAGGGCCGGAAAAUCCUUCAGAUAUCUUCCGUGAGAGACAUAGCCGUCAGUACCGUAGAGGCCUUUUCAAGCUCCGGUCACCGGCGCCUACUCAAGCUCGUCCUCACCGACGGUCACACCGAGAUACCUGCGAUUGAGUACUCCCACUUGGCUUCCGUCGGAAGCGAUAUCGCCCCCGGUGCCAAGGUUCGUGUGGAGAACAAGGCUCCCAUUCAUGGUGGCAUUUUGUGCUUGAACCCUAAAGUGAUGACUGUGGUUGGAGGCAUUGUUCAAUCUCUUUAUGAUGAAUGGCAUAUGAACCAGAAGUACUCCAUGUUCUCGCGUUCUUCGGUGAGGCCGACGGAGGAAGGCGGUGUCGCUGGCCCUCCUGCUUUUGCAAAGUUGCAAGCUGGAGCUUCCUCCGUGCGCCCUUCUUCUCAGAGAAACAGAGUUACCGAUUACUUUCAGGCUAUUUCAAGAAGCAGCAUGCCUGUAGCUGAAGCAACUGCGAUGAAACCUGAAAUUGGGCAAUAUGAUGUUCAACAGAAAGCGGAAAAUGUAGUUGACAAAGUGAAAACAGUGUCGGCGAAGGAAAAUGCACAGAGGAGGCCUAUUCCCUACGCAAUGAGACCAAGGGAAGGUUACUCUGCUUCUACCUCCACAUCCACCUUCCCUUCUGCUGUUGAGGAAGUUCAAAUUGCUUUAGAUAGUCCCAGCACCAGCAAUCUGAAACCAGCUGCACUUGCAGCAAGUAAUGAACCAAAGGCAACCACCUCAUACAUUAGGCCGAAAGAAGGUGCAGCAGCUUUUUCUCUUACUUUUAUGGCUGAAUCGGCACCUGUGCAAAACCAAGCUGCUGCUCAAAAACUCCUCCAGAAAAUGGCACCUCCUAGCCAAUUCGAUCGGCAUUCCAGAGGCCGCAGACAGUACAGGGGAGGGGGGAGAGAUGACGCGGAAGAACCUCAGACUUGGACGCUAGAGGAAUGGCAAAAUAGAAACAGUGGACCUAAGCCACAUACCAGAAACGCGUUCCCAGACACCAGUAACGACGAGGAUCUCGCAUGGCAGCUGCAAAACCAACUCGAUAUGGAAGAUUCCCAUGUUCAAAGAGGACCUCCAGACACGGUAGCAACCGACAUCAGGAUGUCAAUGUUUAACUUUGAGAGAGACGGCGAUGGGAGUCAUGGCAUGGACCGUGGCGGUAGAGGAAGAGGAAGGAGAGGCAGGGGAAGGGGACGUGGUAGAGGUAGAGGAAGACAUGGUUGAAAGUGAGUGAUCAAACCUUUCUCUUCCUCCCGCACUUGUGGAUGACUGCUGGCAUUCACUGCAACGUUUUUAACCAGGUGAAAAAUGACCAGGAGAUGAAGCUCUGAAGUCUCGAGUGUUGCUUUACUUGCUCUGUUUACCAUAGACAUGAAUCCACCUCACAAUGUCUGAUGAUUCUAGGUUUUUAACUUCUUCAGAUCGAAAGAGUCAUUGUACAUAACAGUCUAGUUUUCAGAACCCUAUUUAUCAUGUACACCAAUAAUUCCCGGUUUGUACACCAAUACCAAGUUUUUUGAAUCGAUGAAGUGGUUACUAUACAAAUUCAGAUAUUUAUAAAAUUGUCAUGGU